AUGUCGUCAAAUACCAACAACACUUCUGUUUGUUCACGUACCACUAAGUCAGCGAUACGUCAACAGUCUGAGUUAGAAGCUCGAGAGGCAAGGCCUACUCGAAGAAAUAACCGUCUUCUUUUAUCACUGUCUCCUAAUAUCAAAGCUCGACCCACUGGACUCAUCUUUCAGGGGAACGUAUCAAGAGCCAGAAUAAGAGUGCCUGACUCCUUAUCUCCAGAGCCGGAAUCAUAUUCACGUGCCAUUAGUUCUUCUACUGAAGAGUCUUGUCAGACUAAUGCACUAGGCUCUUCACGAGGGUCACAAAAGAGAAAGUGUCCUAGUGAGGAUGACUUAGGGUCUAUUGGGUUUUCCUCUUCUCCUCUUAAUAAGAAGAAAUAUCAACCUAUCUUUAAGAACAACAACCAGCAUGUGCCUAAAUUCAUGUGGGACUUCAAGGUUGCAAGGGUUAAGCAAGAGCAAUAUAAGGACAGUCUAGGCGACUACAUUGACAUGGGCGUACAUAGCAAGAGUAGGGGGAUCCGGUGUCUGGGAAGCUGCAAACGCAAUGGCACGAUCAGGCGUUUCAUCCGUGCCCCAUGGCACCAAUAUGGAUGCAGAGUUUUUCAUCACCGAUGUUCAGCCCAAAGUGGACAAAGCCUCAGCACAAGCAUACGAAUCUGUACAGAAUACACUAUGAUGGCCAGUGUGGGACCUACAAGCUGCGACGAGCUCAAUCUGGGCAAUGCGAUAUAUGCAAGAGAAGGUAUAACGAGAAUGGCUAACUUCAAAGCUAUAGCCGAGAGUUUAACUCGCAAUAUCCUCGUCAGGGAAUCGGAUAUCAACGAAAAGAUUCUCCUAAGACAACAUCUUGCUAUGGCGACUGUUCGGACUCCAUUUGAUACUCCCUUGGAUUGUGGAAGCGCUGAAAGUAUGCGGAAAACGGGAACCAUUUGUGUUUUUACUAGCAACAAGCGUGGUUUCAAAAAAGUGUGCCUCCAAGGAACAAGUCCUAUAUCCUUCAUUGCUCAAAAGAGACAAUCUUGUCUUUUCUGCACCCCAAAAGCUCGCCAUAAUCCUAUUGAAGCGUUCAGAGGCAUUAUUUGCCUCAUAGUUUGAGGAUUAGCAGACUUUCAGUCAAGCUUUAUUGUUUUGAACAAACACAGUAAAUCCUGUCCAUUCGAAGUUAGUCCCUUUGGAUGGCAGCUAUUCAGGAGAUGCUAAUCAAUUCCGCUAAAUUAUGGUGAAAUCAGAGCAGAUUUGGAAAACCAACAAGCAUCGAACAGUCGCC